GAGCCUCAGGAGAGGGACUCCUCUCUGUGUCAUCACUCAGGUAGCAUCACCAUAGCAAUCCUAGGAGUAAACAAUGGUGCCAGAAAGGGCUUCCCCAUAAAGCCAUCCUCCUAGCUCUGAACCCCAGAAGAAUGGCCAGUAACCAGCAAAGAUCACUCAGAGGGCCAAAUCACCCAUCUCAUGUGGAAGAACCAUUCCUGCAGAUGGUCCAGGCCAGUGAGAACCUCCUGCCCUCCCAGACGUGGGCUCAGCGUGAGUUCUUCCUGCCCAGUGAGUCCUGGGAGUUCCCUGGUUUCACCCGGCAAGCCUACCACCAGCUGGCCCUGAAGCUGCCGCCCUGCACAGAUAUGAAGUCGAAGGUGCGGCAGCGGCUCGUCCACCCUUGGAAGGGUGCCACCCAGCACACCUGGGGCUUUCACACGUGGCUGGAUGUGGGCCGUCUGCCUGCCACCUUCCCCACCCGGCCUGACAGGCCCUACGAUAGCAAUGUCUGGCGCUGGCUGACUGACUCCAAGGCCCACAGACGUCCCCCCGCAGAGCACCCCAUCCCCCCUCCCUCCUGGAUGGGGCAAAACAGCUUCCUGACCUUCAUCCACUGUUACUCCACAUUUGUGGACAAGAAUAGGAAGAAGCAGGUGAUUUUCAGGACAGUGAAGGAGUUGAAGGAGGUGGAGAAGCUCAAGUUGAGGAGUGAGGCAAGGGCUCCUCCACUAGAUGCCCAGGGCAACAUCUGGCCUCCGGCAAACUUCAAGAAGUACCGGCACAUAUCAGAUGGUGGGAGGUUUGAACCCCAGGGCCUCCAGCUCUUGCCAAACCCGUUUCCCAGUAAUUUUGCCAGGAGCUGGCCCUGCCCGAACCCUCUGCCUCACUACCAGGAGAAAGUGCUAAAGCUGGCCUUGCUGCCCAGUGCGCCCCUGAGCCAGGACCUCAUAAGAGAUUUCCAGACCCUAAUAAAGGACAGAGUUGCCCUACCCCUCCACCAUCUCUCCAAGGCACAAGCUCGCAACACCCCAGCAAGGAAGAGGCAGAGAAGACCUGGACACUUCUAAAAAGGCCUCCAGAUGUGUGGGGACCAGAGCCCCAGGCUCCAGUGUUCUCAAUCAAUGCUCCUUCAGCAAGAAGCCUGGGGUAGCAGAAGGACUCUGGCUUCUACAGAACAGCCUCUCCACCACCCUCCCAACCUCAAGCCAUCUCUGUAUCCUGGCUAUUGCAAUUGAAACUCGAAAUUGUUAUAUGUUUUCCUUGGAGGACUCUCACCAAAGGUGGGAGAACUGAGGCCAGGAAGCUGGGUAGAGCAGGGAGCAUGGGAGGGAGGGGGGCUCCAGUUCCUAAGGAAGAAGAUGUGUGUGUGUGUGUGUGUGUGUGUGUGUGUGUGUGUGUGUGUCUGUUGGGGUUAGGGAAGAUAUGCGGUAAGAAACAUGAAUAACAAGAAGCUAUCUCCACUCUCAUAACCCAUUGGGAAUGAGGCUGGGAUUGGGCAGGGUACAGAAAGCCUCUUAGCCAAAAAUAACCACAAUGCCAUCCCCUCCCUGAUCAUCUGAUGUCUGGACAAAGACCAGACGCAGCUGUGCUUCGUUGCAGGGCCCCAUGCAGGUUUGGAGGAGGAGAGGUCAGGUCAGGGCUGGUGCUGGAGAAAGGGAGAGUCAGGCCCCAGGAAGGCUGACCAGGUCUCAUCAGAGGAACAAGAGUAGAACAAAGUGGAGCUUCAAGGUAAAGGAGUGGUCUCUCCCUUGGGGGAAGGCUGUGGAGGACUUAUGCCAAAAGAGCAGUCAGCCCAGAGGCCUUGGGCCUCAGCUUUUUCUAUCAGGGAAUCCAAGACCAGGGCUAAAGUGGAGGCAGGCAAAGCAACAGUCAGAAUGGUGUUGGCCCUGGCUGGGGUGGAGAUGGCUAGGGAGGGCAAUGGGAAGGUGGAUGGAGGGGAAGAAGCUAAAAUGGGGGGGCCCUACCUCACCUCCUCCCACCCCCAUCACAUCCCCAUGGUGAGGGUCAGCACCCGCUGGGCUUCUCUUGGCCUCUUGCCCAUGGCCUUCUUUGUCUCCAUUUCUCUCAAGCCCUGCAGGCACUUGGGAAUCAAGACACCACAGGGUUCUAGCACUGCUUUAACCAGUAAGCAGUUAUGUGACCUUUGGAAAAGCCGCUAUUCCCUCUGGCUUUCAGGUUCCUCACCUGCACA